AUGAGGAUGGACGAGACAACUACCAUCACGGCUCUUGGAGAAGGAAAACACUACAAAUUCCUGGGGGUGCUAGAGAACGUUCGACAGGAUGAACGGCUGGCCCUAGCGUGUGGGGCUAAAGAGUAUCUACGCAGGAUAUCUAUUAUAUGGUCCAGCCCCCUGUCUGAUUGUAACCGUGUGCAGGCAGCUAAUAAGUAUGCACUCCCGGUUCUGCGGUACUUAAUGUGGACACAGCAUUGGCCUCUAUCAGAGUUAAGAGAUGUGGACAGAGCAGCUCGGAAGAUCAUAGUUGAGAACGGUGGCAAGCACCCAGCUAGCCUAACUUCUUUGUUAUAUCUACCGAGGGAGAAAGGGGGUAGAGGCCUGCGAUCAGUCGAACACGAGUACAAGAUCACUAAAAUCAAAUCGCUACUGAAAUUGUAUCAGAACUCGGACCAGAAUAUGGAAGCAGUUAGAGAAUUUGAAGAACACGCCAUGGCAUCAGGCCACCAGUCGCUCGUAAAGGAAGCAGCUAAGUACGCUGAAGAACUCAACAUCACACUUCAGCUUGAUACCCUAAAUCCCGUGUGUGUUACAACAGAAGGAAAGGUGGUAACUGCAGCAAGAGCUGGGAAUCUGUUGAAGCAAUCUCAAGAGAAGCAGUUCCUGGAGAUCGCUAAAGACAAAAAGUGGCAAGGAAAGUUAUUCCGUAUCAGAUGGGAAGAUGAGAGCCUAAGCAUAACCAGCUGCUUUGCAUGGUUAAAAGGUUGGGCUACAUGCCCUACAUAUACCAUCGCCGGCAUGUAUGAAUUGUAUGAUCAGUUGUUACCUACGAAGCUCUACACAAAGGAGAAGACGCAAACCUCCAACGACGGCGAAGUCCUAUGCAGGUUAUGUGGGAAGGUAGCUGAGAGCGUUGCACAUGUAUUGGCUGGAUGUUCCUCCCUGGCACAAACCAAGUACCGAUACAGGCAUAAUGCAGCUUUGAAGAUUCUGUUUUUUGAGCUCCUGCGAGAGCAUGGGUUAAUAGAAGAGGUUCCACCAUGGUACUCACCGGUGAUGCCAAAACCAGCCUACCAGAACACCACGAGAGAGGCGUUUUGGGAUAUUCCCAUCUAUGCAGUGCACAACGAAGUUAGAGCAAAUCGGAUCGACGCGCGACUUGUCAGCCACGAGAGAAAAGAAGUCUGCACAAUUGAAAUGAGCUGCCCAUGGAUUGAGAGUAGAGCUAAGAAAGAUGAGGAAAAGACACUCAAGUAUGGGCCCAUGAUGUGGGAGCUGAAGCAGAGAUACAAUGGUUACAGGGUUGAACAGUACAACGUGAUAAUUUACGUACUGAGUGGUUACUCUAAACACCUAGAGAAGUCGGUGAGGAAGCUACUUGGGGCGAGAGCACGGAGCGUACUUGAGCGAAUGCAGAAGUCGGUCAUCUCAAACACUUUAAACAUUGCCAGAACAUUUAAGAUAAAUACUUAG